GGAGAUAUUUUUGAGACAAAGGAUGCUCCCAAGGCUCGUGCGGAUUGUAUAUGUCCUGUCUUUCGGGGUUUUCCAGGGAGGAUUUAUCAGACCCAGCUUCUGUAAAGAGGAGAUAAAGCCACCCAGCAGGCCUGGCCCGCAGAUGUCUCCCUCGGACUUCCUGGACAAGCUCAUGGGGAGGACUUCAGGAUAUGAUGCCCGAAUUAGACCCAAUUUCAAAGGCCCACCAGUGAAUGUCACCUGCAACAUAUUCAUCAACAGCUUCGGCUCCAUCACGGAAACUACAAUGGACUACAGACUCAAUGUAUUCCUACGGCAGAAGUGGAACGACCCUCGCCUGGCAUAUCGCGAAUACCCAGACGACUCCCUGGAUCUAGACCCCUCCAUGUUGGACUCCAUCUGGAAACCGGACCUAUUCUUUGCUAACGAGAAAGGCGCCAAUUUCCAUGAGGUCACCACCGAUAACAAACUGCUACGGAUCUUCCAAGAUGGCAGCGUCCUUUACAGCAUCAGGCUCACUCUUAUCCUGUCCUGCCCUAUGGACCUGAAGAACUUCCCCAUGGACAUUCAGACCUGUACUAUGCAGCUGGAGAGCUUUGGUUACACCAUGAAUGACCUGAUCUUCGAGUGGCUGUCAGAAAACCCAGUUCAGGUGGCAGAUGACCUCACUCUCCCACAGUUUGUGCUCAAAGAGGAAAAGGACUUAGGCUACUGCACAAAGUACUACAAUACUGGUAAAUUCACAUGCAUUGAGGUGAAGUUUCAUUUGGAGCGUCAGAUGGGGUACUACCUGAUCCAGAUGUACAUCCCGUCCCUGCUCAUCGUCAUCCUCUCCUGGGUCUCCUUCUGGAUCAAUAUGGAUGCUGCGCCUGCCCGUGUGGGACUGGGCAUCACCACUGUACUCACCAUGACAACUCAAAGCUCUGGCUCCAGAGCAUCACUGCCCAAGGUGUCCUAUGUGAAAGCUAUUGACAUCUGGAUGGCCGUGUGCCUCCUGUUUGUGUUUGCCGCCCUGCUGGAGUAUGCCGCCGUCAACUUUGUCUCGAGGCAACACAAGGAGUUCAUCAGGCUCAGGAAAAAGCAGCGGCAGCAAAGAAUAGGCAUUACAUCGACAUUACACUACAGCUGGCUGCCAUAUUACAUGAAGGAGAUGGGCUCAUUUGACACUGAUUUGAAUGUGUCUAUACUUUUCCCUGUACCGGAGGACGUGGCCGUACAGCCUGGGAGCAUGGAGUCAUUUCAGAAAGUGAAUGACAUCCACCGUGACCAGCCCCCCUACAAGAGCGCGAGUCAGCAGUGCAGCGCCUGUGCGAGGGAAGAGGAGCUGGUGAGGGAGAGCCGUGGCUUUUACUUCCGGGGUUACGGCCUGGGCCACUGCCUGCAGACCAAAGAGGGCACUCCAGUCGAAGGGUCUACCGUGUUUUCUCCUCCCCCGCCCCCUCCCCCGGUCACCAUGUGCGACGGGGAGAUGCUCCACAAGAGGUUCGUGGACCGGGCCAAGCGCAUCGACACCAUCUCCAGAGCGGUGUUCCCGUUGAGCUUCCUCAUGUUCAACAUCUUCUAUUGGAUCACCUACAAAGUGCUGCGGCAUGAGGAUAUCCAUGCAAACUUGUAAGGACAAAAGGGCAGACAGAUAUGAUGGUCGAUCUGUUUUUUUUCCUGGAAAACCAAACCUGCCUAGUCAGAUCUACAUCAACAGCGAGGGCGUGUGCUUCAACUUUGACCAUUGCUCAAAACUUGUGCUCAGGUGCCACUUCAGGAUCUCAUGAGGCGAUUGGAAAUAUUUCUUUUGCAAGUUUCUUUUGGAGUUUGAAGUUUUUGUGUGAAUUACAGGCUAAUUAUAAAACAUUUCCGAGAUCCUGGCUGGUGAAAUGACUUGAAUUUUAACACUAUAAUAUAACUUUGAAUGAAUGUUUUUGAAGAACUCAAAAUACAAAAGACAUUUUUCUACCAGAUAACUAAAUGGGCUCAACAGGCGGACGG